AAAUGUUUGCUAGAGCUCCAUUUGUACGUCUACUAUCAACGACUAGUCGAAACUUGGCUGAGGCCGAAAAGAAAGUCUCUAAAGAGGCUCUAAUGGCUCUUCGAAAAAAGACUGGUUAUAGUUAUGUGAAUUGUCGUAAAGCACUUAUUCAGUUUGGCGAAAAUGAUAUGGAUAGUGCUGUAAAAUGGUUGAAAGAAGCUGCAGCGAAGGAAGGAUGGGCCAAAGCGGCAAAACUUGGAACUCGUGUAACAUCGAAUGGUCUUGUAUCUGUAGUCACGGACAACUCAACAGCAGCUGUGGUAGAACUCAGUUGUGAAACUGAUUUUGUGGCGCGAUCUGGAGCUUUCAAGGAUUUGUUGUCAAACAUCUCCAACUCUGUUCUCGCAAAAGCUAAGCCACAAUCUAUAUCGAGCGGCUCAAAACUUCAAGAAUUCACCUAUGAUCUUGGGGAUCUGACCGAUUCCGACGGAAAAAAUAUGCGUGAAGUGCUCUCCCUUUCAAUCGGAAAGCUUGGUGAGAACAUGACAGUGAGAAGAGUUAAGGCUUUUAAAGCUCCCGAAGGAACAACUUUGUUUGGAGCUUCACAUCCUAAAGAUGGAACUGAUGAUAUCCCGAUGGGACGGUUCAUUUCACUCAUCGCUCUAAAUCAAUCGAGUCCAGGGUCAAUCAGUAGUCAGCAACUUGCCGGACAGAUAUGCCAGCACAUUAUCGGAAUGUCCCCGGAAUCCCUCGGCGAAGCUGCAGAAUCUGUGAAAACUCAAGAAGGGCUUCGUAGUCAAGAAGGGCAUGAUCCAAAUGCUGAUCCAGUUGUUGUAACUAAUAUUGAUGAAUCGGAAACUGCUCUUCUCCGCCAAGCCUUCAUGUUGAAUCCAUCUCAAUCUGUUCAUGAGUACCUAAAAUCCCACAAUGCUAACAUUCUCGAUUUUGUUCGUGUAGAGCUUGGAAGCGAAUAAUUAGAUAAAAGUGGUAGUAACUUUAUUUUCAUGCCUUAUUAGUUUUUAGAAUGCUUUUGUUUCUCUGUUUUGUUAAUCGAUAAAUAAAUUUAUCGACAUAUAAAUUGAAUUUAAAGUUUAAAAAAUAAACAUUUGCAAUUUUC